GGUUUCCUUUUCAAUACUCGUAGUUUAUAAUCUGCCUUUUACAGUCCUGGAAUGAAAUUCGUGGAUAUAUGCAUAUACAUGUACUAUUUAAAGGAAAAACCUUAAGAGCAGUAAUUUGUAAUGAAAUCAUAAUGCCUUCCGAACAGGACUCUGCUAGCAGACGUCAUGUAAUCAGGUGUGCACGUACCUGGAACGCAGCAGCUACAAACGGAGGCUGAGACAGUUUUGUUUACUGGACAUUGAUCAUCUGGACAACAUUGACAUUGGUGGUGUAAUUUUUCCAAAAUGGCAGACAGCUUUUGUAAAGUUUCAAAGAAAAUGAAGUUCAUUUUUCCAUUGAGUUGCAAGAUAGUUGCAUUCUUAGGAAACUCUGUGGAGAGCAGAACUGUGUGGAAAAUGUGUUUGUGUGUAAGUGGAAUAUUUUAGGGCCUUAUUAAUUUUAGACUUGAAUGUGUUGCAGGACAUUCGAACGUGACACAGGAUGCAGGGUGACACUCUUGUUUGGGACAGUAGAACAUUCUGCAUUCUUGAUUCCCGCCCUUGGAAUGUUGAUCACUCCGUCAGCCAUUGUGACAACCAGAAGCGCCUUCAAAUUCUUGAUACCCUCCUCUUGAGAAUGAGUAGGGAAGAGGCCCUCCAGAACAUCCUCCCCCAGCCAGACUGUGAUUAGAUGAGGAGCUUCCCAGCACCCGCUGCUGGGAGAGCCUGUGCCGCCUCACAGGCCACCAUAGAAAGCCUGAGAUUUUGGUUCCCAGCGCUGCCUGGGAAUCCAUCUCCAAAAGGGAGGGGAGAGAAAUGUCUUCAAAGCUCGGUUCUUGGAAAAAUGGACAAGACCUGUGAAAUGAAACGCACCACGCUGGACAGCCCUUUGGGGAAGCUGGAGCUGUCUGGUUGUGAGCAGGGUCUGCACAAAAUCAGCUUCCUGGGACAGGGGACGCCCGCAGCUGAGCGUCUCCGGUCUGUGGCUGGCCAGCCGUGUCCACCUGCACGCGCCAAGAGCCCAAGGUGCCUGGUUAAUAUGCAGUUCUCUCAACAUCUUCCCCGUAGGAGCAACAGUGCCAUGGAGGUCCCAGCCCCUGCUGAGGUUCUCAGAGGUCCCGAGCCCCUGAAGCAGUGCGCAGCCUGGCUGAAUGCCUAUUUCCAGCAGCCAGAGGCCAUCGAGGAGCUCCCCGUGCCGGCUCUUCACCACCCCGUUUUCCAGCAAGAGUCGUUCACCAGGCAGGUGUUAUGGGAGCUCCUGAAGGCUGUGAAAUUCGGAGAAGUGGUUUCUUACCAGCAGUUAGCAGCCCUGGCAGGCAACCCCAAAGCCGCGCGAGCAGUGGGAGGAGCGAUGAGAAGCAACCCUGUCCCCAUCCUCAUCCCGUGCCACAGAGUGGUCUGCAGCAGUGGAGCCAUGGGCAACUACUCCGGAGGACUGGCGGUGAAGGAAUGGCUUCUGGUCCACGAAGGCCACCGGGUGGGGAAGCCAGCCUUGGGAAGGAGCUCAAGACGGGCAGGGGCCUGGCUCAGGGCAGUGGGGCCCACCUCGGGCUCCCCGCCUGCCGGGCCCAACUGAGCGAUGCUUGAGCGACACACACAUGUAACACUGCAUCGGACGUAGGGUGUGGGGACACGGCUGUAUUAAAGGAGGUGACUGUUUCCCGGG